UCUAGUGCAGACAGUGUAUGCAUAGCUCAUGAGUGAAUCAGACAACGAUGAGGGUGGAGUUGACGAUGGUAGAGUAACACGAUCGAGAUCACGUAGGAUCCCGUACGUGUUUCAGUACCUGGACAUCGAGACAGAGAGACGGCUUAGGGCCGAAGCUAUAGCCCGUGCUCGAGCAGCGAGCGUGAGGACAACGACAGCUGUUGCACAAGAGUUAGCAGCAGCUAACGCAGCAGCAAGGCAAGCGGCGGCAGCAGCAAUGGCUACCGCGGCAGCAACGAAUGGUGCCACUUUGUCUGCCACUCAGUUGGGAAUGCCCACUGGGUCCGCGGGUAGUUCCAGUGUCGCAGGUUCUAGUAACUCCACCAGUCAAAUGGCGGGCUCGCAGUUAAGCCUAAUGACCCCACGCCAGCGGGAGUCGAGGGAACUCCAACAAGUUGAAAGGAUUCGCACUAGGCUAGAGAGGGAACUGAAGGAAGUUGCUGAUAGAGAAAAGGAGAUUAGAGAUAGGACAGUCAGAUUGGAAACGGUAGAGGCCGACAAAACUGCACUAGAAGCAAUGGAUGAGUCAACUAUGAACGACCACGUAAAAGUGUUGAGGUCUAGCUUGCUGUCGUUGCAUGCGCAUGUAGACAGUAGGAUGGACUUCAUGCAAGACACUUUGGAUAAGAUAUUGGCUCAGUUGCAGCAGCUAGGACCAAGGCUGCCCGCAGUUGCAAGAUCGUCGCUCCCUAUGUCGGCGCUAAUAGGCACCUACCCCCAUGCUGGCACACAACCAAGCGGUUCGUUAGCAGCAGCGUCCCAGACUGUUGCUUCUACUUCUUCCGGUCCUGCGGUGGCAGCUACUCCAUCACCGCAGCAGCAACCUGUUCCACCACAGGGACAGCAACAAGGCCAAUGGUACCCAAAAACCCCAAUGAAACCACCAGUCGCCUUCUCUGGUGAGAAGAAGGACGAGGAGCUCAACACAUGGUUGAGAACGGUUCCAAUGUGGGUAAGGGAAAAAAGGACUUUGCAAGAGGAGGAGGUGAUCACUGUUGCAUCUUACCUUGAGGGUAAGGCAACCAAAUGGCUAGACGGGACUAUAGCGAAAGCUGGGUUUGGGAGACGCAUGGCAGAGACCAUGACGUUAGAUGAGUUCAUAGACAUGGUAGAAGCUCGCUGGCAUAAUCCACAACGGGCACAGAUUGCCACUGACGCCAUAAUAAGACUAGACCAGCGACGAUACAAGUUCGUUAGGGAGCUUACGACUACCGUGGAGAAUCUCAUCGUAGUCCCAGGCAUUCGCUAUGAUGACCAGGUCUUAUUGACCAUGUUCGUGAGGUGUCUCCCAGAGAAUCUCAGAACACAGUUGGCCAGCGAGGCACGCCUCGAGUAUCACACCUUUGAGUCCUUCUCUAGAAAGGCCCUAGACUUAGAGGCUACUCUAGKAAGUGCUCAACCUACUACUCCAGUAKACGGAAGGAAGAMGAAGAGUCCACAGGAGUGGAAGAAGAAGGGGAGUCGACUUAUGAUGGUUGAGACCGACGGGACUCAAACCGAGGUUGAGGACCUUUCUGACCUGAUGGACACCACAGAGUAUGACGGCGAGGAAUCUGCUGAGGGUAGCACCCUUGCCGCGGUAGUAAAAGGUAAGGCAGGUGGCCGAGGGAAGGGUCACCAAAAGAGUCAAGGGAAGACCGCCUCCAAUCAGUCCAAAGUUGCUGAUUGGGUCAAGGCUGGUUUAGAUCAAGAUGUGUGGCGGGACGGAAGAGUGCGUGGUGCUUGCAUCAACUCUGGUGAUUAUGGUCACACCCAGUACAAGUGCAAGAACGCCAAGGUCACGCAGAAGAUACCCCCUAAGGAGUUCUUGCUCUCAUGCUUAUGGUUGCUCUUGAGAGAUGAGGCCAACAUGAACAUCAUCAAAGUCCCCGCAGUCGAUGCUUUGGUAGUGCACCAACCAGUCAAUCCCCAGAGAAAGGCCUCUGAGAAUAUUACAGCUCUGCAGCCUGCCUCGAGUCUGACAUCGGCAGCAAAUACGCCUGGAGCCAUUGCCGAAGAUGCAACUAGUAAUAAUAAGACAGUAAAGGACCCACUAUCCAAAGUACAUGCUGUGGAUCACGGGAGCAAGAUCAACACGACUGCGAGUGUUCGUGCUUCAAUCAACGCUGUUUCUGAUGGUGUUGAAAAAGCAGCUGAGAGGAGGGACGUAAAUCCAACACUGUCAUUCCUUACCCAAGUUAUGUCCACCCAGAGGGCAAUCGAGGGGGAAGAAAGAGACUUGAUAAGUGACAGAGCCAAGUACAUAGUGGCCAACCUGCUGUACAUGCUUGCAAAGAAGUCGGAGAUGUAUGAGAGAGAAAUCUUGACUCUGGGAAUCGCCAAGCCCCUUCGAUCAGUUGUGUGGGAUCAACGUUGCUUGCUCGAGCUUCGAGUUGUAGCAGCAAGCAUGUAUCAGGAGUUGGCUUCCAGGCCAAGAAACAUGGGAAUGAUGGGAGUGUUUGAAGGACAUUUGGAAGAUAUGAUUGAGAUGCUUCUACAAUGUGGAGUUUCAGCAUUAGAAAAAGAAGGAGCCAGAGCGGCUGCGCAUUUGUCUCUCCGGAGAGAAUACAAGGAUCUCUUUUUGGAAACAAACAUCCUGGAUUCUCUUGUAGCUCUAGCAAGGAUGAAAUCGACAGAAGUGGACGUCAAGGAGCUUGUGGUGAAGUCUUUGCUCAAUCUCUCCACUCAUAACAAGCACCAGAUUCAACUCGCCAAGGACCGCCCACUGUAUGUGCUUUUGCGGCUCAAUCAAGAACGAGGAAGCUCUGAAGGCAUCCGGAAAUGCACUAGCGGCAUAUUGUCCAAUAUUGCAGCCAAUCCAACAAAUCGCACAAGGCUAUACAAAGCAGAAUUACGAGAGAAGAUCCGUGCGGCGUCUGCCCCACCGUAUGUUUCACCCUCAGACCUCAGCGACUCGGAGAUGGAUAAUCUUGGCAGUGGUGAGCUUGCUGCAAUUACAGGAAGGGCGCGCGAACAACAACAGACAGAAGGGGGCUCCUUGUCGCAGAAGCUGGGGGCGUUUGACAGAGAAGGGGUAGGGGAACGAAUACUACACACUAAUCAUGUGGUCCCUCCAGCUGCUUCCAGAAUGCCAAUGAGGGAUUCUGCUCAACUUAAAGAGAAAAAUGGAGACGUGAGCAAGGUCGGUAAUGUCAUAAACUUGCAGGAUCCGAAGGUCGGAUUGAGAAAGGGAGUGGGACAGGGACCGGCAACGGGAUCGAGCGAGAAGGAAAAGAAGCAGAAGGGGGACUUGAACGAGGAUGGGGAUAAGGCAACCGUGACUAGAGUGCUGACAGUGGGCGAAAGCAUAAAACUGCGGUCCGAGUUUCUUUGCUGGGUCAGCAGAACGUUCCGACAGCGGAAGCCAUGGAGUCGAGUUGUAUUCAACUUGCGCCAAAUGGAAAGACAGAGGUCAUCGACAGCGGCAGAUGGAUCCGAAAUUCCGACGAAGAAUCAAUCGGAAAAUGACGCAACCACUGAGGCAAGUGAAGACAGCAAAUUCACCGACGGCGUCGAUCCCAUCCGUCCAGACAAUGUCACUUCGAAGAAAUCAACAGCUUGCGAUGAUCUGCCUGGUCCAUAUGAUCACAUGCCGACCACAUUUCAGGGCAGUCACCACCUUUCAAGGAUUGUUCAUGCCUUUGAAGAAGUUGCAACGAAGAAGAACACGCCGCGGGCAGGCAAGAUGCAGAAGAAUCCGCCGAGAAAAUCGUCCACUUUUCUCCGAAUGAAAUCCGCCGUGGAGAGCAGAGCUCCAAGUCCUCUUGUUUGGCAGGUCUUACGACUACCGCUUUCAAGAAUAUGGGCACCACUUUCCGACAAAUCGAAUGAGGAUGCGUUGUCGUUGCUAUUGCCGCCGGAGCGAUCUGCUUCGGGGGCACUUCAUCCGAAUUCCAUAAUCACUGAUGGCACUGCAGAUGGCACUGAUGGCACUGAUGACACUGACUGGAGUGAAAACAAUUCCAUCUCAACGAACUUGGAUAAAGCGCAACUAGACCACUGGAAGCCAGAUAUCAGAGGGUGCCGGAUUGAAGAUCCCCUGUUCUAUGCUGAUGAAUACAUUCUGGAGGACAAGAAAGGGCGAAAGGCUCGGCGAUCGGACUCAUUGGAGGAGCCACCUCCGCUCACCGAGGAGAUGUCGAAAAGGCUGAUAAGAGGAAGGAGAUCCCAGACACCAAUAUCCAUUGUGCUGAAUCCUGAACGGCCAAGGAAUCAGAUCCACUUUCCAAAAUCAAAUUUAGCACUCAAGUUCACUAGGCUGAAUACGUUCAAUCACAUUGAAGGCUCCCAAUUCUGUAGGGAUGUAUUUUCUCAUUACCACCUUCCUACAGGGGAGAUUGCACACAUAUACUGUGGCAGACAGUCAGUGGUCGAAGAGGUGGAGGUCGAUUGGACCGAUGAUUUCCCCUUUCCUCUCUCACUCAAGCAUCUCCUUAUGGAAAGAUUACCGAGUGCGGAAGUUUCUUUGCAAGUGCAAACACAGGAUGUUGAUGGGGCUAUUGUUCCGUUCAUACCAUUUCCGAAGGUGCCGCCAAAGCCAGGAAAACAUACACUACCGGUUGUUAAGCACAUUUGUGGCAGCCAGGGUGCAAGGGACUGCACAUUUCAUGCCAUUCUUCAGCCUGCUCCUCUGAGAUUCUUGCUCACAGGAUUCACUAUCUCAAGAGUUGAGCUCAAGGACACGUAUGAAGCAUUCGAGAAGGAUGGGGGCUGGUCAAUAAGCAAUGAUAAGGAGGUGAUUGUGUCCUACCAAAUCUCUUCUGGUCAGUGCAGCUUGCCGAGGGGCUACAUUAGCACAGGCUAUGGGGAGGCGAACGUGUUCCUCCCGCAGGAAGAGGCAAGGGCUGAGUUUGGUCUCUACAGCGGCGGGGCAGCUGGAUCAAGGAACUGCGAGAGUGGAGCGCUACACCAAAAGUAUGUUCGCGACGCUCAAAGGCGCAUCUUGCUCUCCAUAUGGUCAUUAGGACAGGAGAAGACGGAGGAGCAAGCGAAGAGGAGGGAGUUUAAGGAGAGAAGGAAGAAAAAUGAGAUGAUUAGGCUAGAGAUUGAGAGGAACUCGGAGGCUGUAGAGGCGAGGGUCAUGUCUAAGAUUGGGCGCCAGUUUCUCGAAGCACGUGAGAAGGUAAGGAGAGAAGAGAUUAAGUUCACCCGUACACCUGUACCGGUUUUCAGGGAGACCAGGAUCGGGGAUUAUGGAGAUAAAGGGCUUGAAGAAAUCGGGGAUGAGAUUGCAAAAUUGUAUGAGUUACGGGAGAAGAAACGGAAGGGUAAGAUCCCAUUCGAGGAAGGGCUGCGGAAGUCUUUCAGACAGCCGAAUUUCCAGCGAGAAUGUUCUGCAGAUUAUGAAAUUGGAGAGUCGUCUCGAAUGGCUGAAGAGCGGACACGAACCAAGGUUUUUCCAAGCGUUGAGCGACGUCUGCUGCCAACACACCUGUUCCACGAUACCGACAAUGGGAUGUCUUUCUCGAUUACGUUUUUCCCAGAUGUGUUUACAUCUACGUUUUGCAAUAACGAUGGCUCGGAGACCUCUGUUGUGGGAUGAACGUUUAGUGCGACUUAAAGAG